AUGACCCCAUUUAAGGUGUUGUACAGAAGGGAUCCGCCCCACUUGGUGCAUUUUGGGAGUAGCAGCACACCCGUUUCUUCAGUAGAAGAGUAUUUGGAGGAGAGGGACAAGACACUGGAAGAGUUAAAAAGACAUCUGUUGAGGGCUCAACAGAUUAUGAAGAAACAAGCUGACGGGCAUCAGAAGGAUAUUCAGUUUGAGGUGGGAGAGAAGGUAUUUUUGAAACUCCGCCCAUAUCGACAGAAAUCGAUCGCCAACCGGAUGAAUGAGAAGCUUUCUCCAAGGUACUUCGGUCCUUAUGAAGUACUGGAAAAAAUUAGAGUCAUGGCAUGUCGUCUAAAGUUACCAUCGACAGCGACGAUCCAUCUGGUUUUCCAUGCAUCCCAGCUAAGGAGAUCCAUUAGAGACUAUGCUACAAGUUAUGAGUUACCCGGGACAUUAACAGAUGAAAUGAAAAUGGUCUUGGAACCUUUGGAACUCAUGGAG